GGGCAGGGAGCACUGGGAGCAGGCAUGGCGGGGCUGUGGGACGCGGCGCUGCGGGGCGAGGCGGCCGUGCGCCGGGCGGCCCUGGCGGCGGUGGACGCGGCGCUGCUGGAGGGCGUGCUGAUGCGCACCGAGGCCGAGCCCAACGCCUCCGACGUGGUGAGCUUCGCGCCCUUCACGCUGCUGCCCUCGGCCGUGCCCAGCGCCCUGUUCCGGCAGGCGUACGCCGUGCAGCAGGACUUCAACCUGCUGGUGGACGCCAUCAGCCAGGACAGGGAGUUCCUGGAGCGCGCUCUGGCCAGCACGGUCAAGGUGGAUGACUUCACGGCGCGGCUCUUCAGGAUCCAUCUGCAGGUUCUGGAGGAGGGACUGGCGCAGUCCGUGUUUUUAGGCAUAAACCGCUCGGAUUACAUGUUCGACUGCGGGGCGCCCGGGGCGCCGGCGCUGAAGCAGAUCGAGAUAAACACCAUCGCCGCCAGCUUCGGCGGCCUGGCCUCCCGCACCGCCGCCGUGCACGGGCGGGUGCUGAAGGAGCUGGGGAUGGCCGAGGAGGCGUCGCGGCUGCUGCCCAACAACCCCUCCGAGGGGCUGGCCUCGGGCAUCGCCAAGGCCUGGGAGCUGUACGGCUCGCGGAGCGCUGUGGUGAUGUUCCUGGUGGAGGAGGUGCAAAGGAACAUCUUUGAUCAGCGAUGUGUGGAGAACGAGCUUUGGAACAGGAACAUUCGGGUCAUCAGGAAGCGCUUCCGAGACGUGUUUGAGAAGGGCUCCCUGGACGAAGCCAGGAGGCUGUACAUGGAUGGCCAGGAGGUAGCAGUGGUGUACUACAGAGAGGGCUACGUGCCGACAAACUACAAUCAGCAGAACUGGGAGGCGCGGUUGCUGCUGGAGAGGUCGAGGGCAGUGAAGUGCCCCGACAUCGCCACCCAGCUGGCCGGCACCAAGAAGGUGCAGCAGGAGCUGAGCCGCCCGGGGACCCUGGAGAAGCUGCUGCCCGGCCGCACCGAGGCCAUUGCUCGCAUCCGAGCCACGUUCGCCGGGCUCUACUCGCUGGAUGUGGGUGAGGAGGGUGACAAGAUAGCUGCUACGGCUAUCGCCAACCCCGACCAGUUCGUGCUGAAGCCGCAGCGGGAAGGCGGAGGGAACAACCUCUACGGCGAGGAGCUCAGGCAGGUGCUGGAGAAGAUCAAAGACAGCCCUGAGAGAACCUCCUACAUCCUGAUGGAUAAGAUCCAGCCCCAGCCAACAAGGAAUUACUUGCUGAGGGCCCACAGUCCCCUAAAAGCAUCCGAGUGCGUCUCAGAGCUUGGGAUCUUUGGCGUUUAUGUCAGGCAGGGCAAGGAGCUGGUGAUGAACGAGGCAGCCGGCCACCUCCUGCGGACGAAGGCCGUGGAGCACGCGGACGGCGGGGUGGCGGCCGGGGUGGCCGUGCUGGACACCCCCUACCUGGUGUGAGCGCCCCGCUGCUGCGCUGCCCGCGGGGCCGAGCUGCUUUCCUCGGGGUGCACUCACCAGGGGACGGGCUGGGGUCGGCCCUGGGCUGUGCAGGGGGUUGGGGUGUCCCCUCAGGGUCUGUGCAGGGCCGGAGCGUGGCCCUGCCCUGCCCUGCCCCAAAUUUGUGCUGGCCCCGGGUUCCUGCUGCACUGUUUGCAGGCACCGAAACCCAAAGCCCAGGGAAGGGGAGGAGGAAGGUGGAGGAGCCAGGAGCAGCUUCAGCUGUGGGACUCGAGGCCCCUUGUGCCUCCCCUCCCACUGCCCUGCUGCUUGCCACGGCAAAGGCUGAGACCAGCUCUGCCUGUCUCUGGCCCCUCCAGCCCCAGCUCAGGUGCUGCUGCUCUGAUUUCCACCUUCCCCGGUGUCUGAGCAGCCUCAUGGCUCCUACACAGCCCCAGCUGCCCUGGUUUAACUCUGCCAAGCUUCUAUCAUGGCCAGCACGUUCGCUUGGCUUCACUGUGGGACCAUCCCCGGCGGUGGGACGCCUCCCUCCCUCCGGGUUUCCUGACUCAAUGGGAACAGUGUGGGUGCUCCGGCCCCCGAGCUUGUGCUGCUCCCCCCAGCACACCCCUCUGCCCCCCAGCCCUUCCUCAGCCGAGGAGGGGCCCUGGUAAAGCAGCCCGAGCUCUGCUGUGGCGGUGGCAGCAGGAAAGCCGCUGCUCCUGAGGAAUCACCUCACGGGCUGCUCGGCCACCCCGCCGCCGGGGUGCUCAACCCAGUCACUAACCGGGCACUGCAGUGGUUCAGGGCUGUGGCUGAUUCCACAACUCCCACGCUGGGGUUCAUGAUGGGGGGGUUGAUUACCCCCAAACGGAGAUUAAAACCUACGUUCAAUCUGA